AUGUCUAGAAACUUAAACACAUCGAUAAAUGGAACACACCUGCACGUACUCUGCUUCAAUCCUAUAGCGAAAAAAGUCUCGCUAACACUGGUUUACUGCGGGAUUUUCGUUUUCUCAUUGGCGGGAAAUAGUUCCAUAGCCAUUAUCGUGUUCAAGUCUCGAGCCAUGAGGAAACCCAUCAACUUUUUAAUCGUAAACAUGGCUAUGUCUGAUCUGCUUUAUGCGAUUUUCGUUGUUCCACCAAACCUGGUAGGGGUGUACGCCGAAACCUGGCUCGUGGUUGGACUAUUCGGCGAGGUUUCAUGCAAGCUAGUCGAGUUCUUGAUUUACGUUUCUGCCUCUGUGUCAGUUCAGAGCUUGGUUCUUAUAGCAGUGGAUCGAUUUGGAGCUGUGGUAUUUCCUCUUCGACCUCCACUCAUGACUUCAAAGUUGUGCUCUUUCUUCAUUGUUACUACUUGGAUCAUCUCACUCGGUAUCUACUCCCCUUAUUUUCUUGGGAGCCACCUGGUUAUGAAUCGUCAUGGCAAACUCAUUUGUGCGACUCUUUUUAGUGAGGUCUUAAACGAAGUUUUCGUGUCCUUUACUUACAAAACGGUAGUUCUGAUCCUUUUCCGCUGUAUUCCUUUGGUUUUGAUAGCUAUAGUAUACAUAGUUAUCUAUUUCAAACUCAGACGACAGAACGUGCCCGGCGAAAGAUCCAUCAACGGUGGUGAUCAACACAGAAAGAGAGAAAGAAAAGUACUAAAGAUGUCCGUCGCUAUCGUGCUGGCGUUUGCAAUAUGUCUGUUGUCCUUGAGUAUCUUUAGAAUUGUCGUAAAAUACGUACAGAUCGUACCUUCUUGCGGGUGGCAUCGCUUCCUCCUCACUAGCUACCUUUUGGCUCUUUCAAACAGUGCUGUGAACCCUUGCAUUUGUUUCGUUUUUAGUGGAAAUUAUCGUCAAGGGCUAAAGAACCUGGUCAGCUGCUUU